CUUUGUUGGUCCCGCUCUGAGACUGGCAGUCAGGCCUGCAUGUUAUCUCUCCUCUGGCCAUCCUGCGGUCUAGAGCUCUUAGUGAAGCAAACAAAAGAUGGAGUCCCCCCCUUCCAGCUGCUCUUUUCCUCCCCAAAGCCUCUGGAGAAUGAGGGCUCACACAGGUAGCAAGCUCUCUCUCUCUCUCUCUCUCUCUCUCUCUCUCUCUCUCUCUCUCUCUCUCUCUCUCUCUCUCUCUCUCCUUUUUAGCAAGGGUGACUGGGUGAGCUCCAUCGUUCCUCAGCGAGUUAAAGGCAAGCCUGCCUUUAAGACUAUUUGGAGAGAAUUAUAGUCUCAUUGCUUUCGAGUAACUCCUAACAACGUAUUUCCAAAUAAAUAUCCCUGGAGGUCUACUUUAAAGAAAAGAUAAAAACCCUCUGCUCUUAGCACAAUCUAUUUACAUAUAAACGGCUGCACGAAGUCUGGAGAACACUUGCGCUCCCUCUUAAGUAGGUUCAGCAGACGCCUUCCGGUUGAUUUUCUCAGUUCCUGAGCUAAAGAGCUCUUUUCGUGCAAGAUGUUGAUAAAUGUAAACUCAGCUUAGGCCCGAUGUAUUUUCUCAGCUCUGAUUAUGUACAAUCCAAAACAGAGCUGUGGGUACCCAAGGCUGGGUAUCCAAUGCUCUCUGCACUGUGGAUGGAGGUCUCCACCAUACUGGACAUGGAUCAAGACUUUCAGCACCAGAGGAGAGGGAAAGGAGCCACUGACCUAUGGGAAGAGACUCUCUCUGGUCCUGCUUUUCUGCUGGCAACUGAAUGAUCCUGUGGUGAAAGGCUGUCUGUCCACUCUGUUUCUGUCAGCAGAAUGACUGACGAAAAGAGGAUUCCACUCUUGGGGCAAAGCUGGAGAGCAAGCACACAGACGAGGGGUUCAGCCACACACCUGGUCAGUGAGGAUAACUGACACAUUAAUCCUUCCAUAACUUACAACUACCUGGAUAUUCAAAAUACUGAGACUGACUAAACAUGCAUGGUUAAAAGUAUGAUUAGAAGCAUCCAACUUACAGCCUAAUGCACAAAACCCAAUGCAGAAACACAAGAAACAACAACAACAACAGCAAUGACAACAACAGCGACAACAAUAACAGCAGCAACAACAACAGCAACAGCAGCAACGACAACAAGAACAGCAGCAGCAAGAACAGCAGCAGCAAGAACAGCAGCAGCAACAACAACAGCAGCAACAGCAACAGCAGCAACAACAACAGCAACAACAACAGCAACAACACCAACAGCAGCAACGACAACAAGAACAGCAGCAGCAGCAACAACAGCAACAACAACAGCAACAACAACAACAACAACAGCAACAACAACAAUGACAACAACAGCAGCAACAACAACAAAAGAAACAACAACAACAGCAACAACAACAAUGACAACAACAACAAUAGCAACAACAACAAUGACAACAGCAACAACAACAACAAAAGAAACAACAACAACAGCAACAACAGCAACAACAACAACAGCAACAACAAUAGCAGCAGCAACAACAGCAAUAGCAACAACAAUAACAAUGACAACGACAACAACAGCAGCAGCAGCAACAACAAUGACAACAACAGCAACAACAAUAGCAGCAGCAACAACAACAGCAAUAGCAACAACAAUAACAAUGACAACGACAACAACAGCAGCAACAGCAACAACAAUGACAACAACAGCAACAACGACAACGAAAAUCAAACCAUGCAGCCCCUGGAAAUCACCAGUUCCACUAUCAUGGACUAGAGAGAGAGUGGGUGAGAUGUAAUCUGAGGAAAUAAUUAAAAAUGAUUAUAAGAAUGUUGCACUGAAUUGAAGAAGACAUGGAGAAAUCUCAGAAUAAUCAUAGAGAGAACACAAAACAAACUAAUGAGUAAAACAAAGACAGUGACAAAAUAUGUCAACAGAGGGAAGGACUAUAACAUUUUUCAAAAGAAUGGACAUGCAAAGUUCAAUAAGGAAAAUGCCCAGCGGAGAGCCUCCCCAAUGGAAUAAAUUAAGUGGAAGACAGAAUAUCGGGGCUCGAAGACAAAGCAGACAAAUGGAAACAUUCAGAGAAUUACAAAGACUAAAUAGUAAGAAGUCACAACGGAACACCCGAGGCCUGUAUAAUGCCAUAAGAGACGCAAACAUAGCAGAUGGAGAAGUUCAAACUAAAGGCAUAGAAACCAUGUUCAGUAAAAGCACAGCAGAAAGCAUCUCAAACUUAGAGCAAGUGGUGACCAACUUGACACAUGAGACAUGGAGAAUCCCAGACACACGGGACCGGAAAAGAAAUUCUGCACAUCAUACUCUAAAUCAAACAUUGAGACUACAGAGAUGACGUUGAAAGCGGCAGGGAUGAAGGACCAAGUAACACACAAAGGUAACUCCGUCAGCGUAACAGCAGACUUCUCAACAGAAACUCUAAGACCCAGGAGGGCAUGGAACAGUAUCAGCAUAACAGCAGACUUCUCAACGGAAACUCUAAGACCCAGGAGGGCAUGGAACAGUAUAUCUGGCCCUGAAAGGCAGUAACUACUGACCUGGUCACUCUACUUGGCAAAAACCACCCUCCGUAGUUCAAAGAGAAGAACUUUACAUGAGAGAAUAGAAAAAAAUGUCAUGAGCACCAAACCAGAACUGCAGAGAGUAUUUGAAGGAAUCGAUCUCCUUUGUGAAAGAAAUAACCACAGGAUCACAGGGAAGAACAAAUUGCACUCAAAUAGCAAGCAUUUGAUUAAACAAGGAAAAGGGAAGCACCAAAUGUAGCAAAAUAACAAAGCAACAGUCAGCACGAAGCUCUCAGCAAUAACUGUGAAUGUAUGGUCCUCUAAUUAAAAGGCACAGACUAGUAGACUGGAUUAAAAAUGGGGCCCACCUAUUUGUCUCUUCAUCUCCUAUAAGAAACCUAUUUCACUGAGGGAAAAACGAGAACAGCUUUAAAGACGGAAUGGAUGUGAAGGAACAGAAAACGAUGUUCCACACAAAUGGGGUUGGACAGCAAGCAGGCGCAGGAAUACCAAUAUCUGACAGAACAGGUUUCAAAUCAAAGUUGAUUGGAAGGGAUAAAGAGGGUCACGUCACACAGCUGACGGGACUAGUCCACUAAGAGGCUAUUGUAACUGCAAACUAUGUGCACUGAAUAUUGACACAUAAGUAUAAAUGGAAAGGCCCAGAUUUUACCCCUACCCAAUAACAGUGCCCCACUCUCACUGAUAAACAGGUCACAUGACAAACAAAACCGAAUUAACAAAGCACUGCAAGAAACGUCACGGCUGAAUGCCGCCACAGAUCAAACAGACUUAACAGACGCCCUCAGAAUGUCCCACCCAGACAUUACAGAAUACACACUUUUCUCAGAAACCCAUGCAGCUUUCUUCCCUAGAAUAGAUGACAUUUGAGGACACUAAAGAAGAUCUUUAAGAAUACAAGAAAACUGAAGCAAUUUCUUGUUUCCUAUCUUUUAAAAUUUUUUUUUUUGGUUCUUUUUUUUCGGAGCUGGGGACCGAACCCAGGGCCUUGCGCUUCCUAGGCAAGCGCUCUACCACUGAGCUAAAUCCCCAACCCCCUUAAAAUUUUCGAGAUUAUAAUUUAAUUACAACACUUCCUGCUUUCCUUUGCUUACUCCAAACCAUACCAUAUACCCCUCCCACACUCUCCUCCAUUUUGUCUUAUGUUAUUGCAACAGAUGAAGUCAGCACCAGGAGAAAUGAUGGAGCAUCACUCAUGGGGACUGAACAACACACCACUGAGUGAUAAAUGGAUCAGUGAGGGAAUCAAGAGGAUCUUUUAAAACUUCCAGAAUCAAAUGAAAAUAAAAAUACAAUAUACUAGAA